ACCCGAACAACUGCCCAAGGGCCAAAAGGCAGCUGCCGGUAGGGCUAGCAACUGCCCCAACCACUAGGCCAUGUGGGGAACAUAGCGCUAGCCGGUAGGAGACUCCCACACCACAUGUGCCUAUGGCAGAGGUUGCAGGCCGGUGUCUAGACAGCUGUCCCGAAACUGCUUGUGUUAGAGUUUCACUAGACACCUCCCUCACAGGCGUGGCCGAAGAGUUCAAGGAGAGGAGGCCCGCCUGGGCCAAGAUGAAGAAGGAGAAUAAAGGGCAGCUGAUUUUAUUAGAUGCAGAGAUUUUUAGAAGUAAAGUAGGGGCCCUAGUAGACUCAGGGGCCACCCGCAGCUAUAUUAGUAAGAAAGCGUUGCAGAAGUUGAGGCUGGGACUUAAAGUCCAGAAACUGACAGAGCCCAUAGUUAGUAUCCUCGCGGACAAUCGUACCAUGGUUGUAGAGGAUUACGUAGAGGGAGUCCAGGCGUAUUUCCGCCUAGAGAAAGAUGGGAAGGUGGAGAAGGUCCUCCACUCCCUGAAUCUCCUCGUAGAGGACAGCCUCCCGUUUGAUAUAGUGCUGGGAAUGGAUUGGGGAGAGGCAGACGGGGCAACGCUCCAUCUGAAGGAGCACGAGUGUAGACUCCCUAGUUAUGCAGGCGAGGCUAAGACUGCCCGCCUGUUUCAUGUGUCGGGAGUAGAGAAUUCCUUGGCACAUUGCUGCCUUAGUGCCCCUGCGUUCGCCAGAUUGGUGAAGAAGGAGAAAUUAGAGGAACAAGUCUUUGUUGCCUAUGUUAGGCCCGUCACUGAGCCUAAGGAAGAGAAGCCCAUAGACCCUACUAUUGCCAAAUUGCUGGAAGAGUUUAAGGAUUUGACUGAGCCGCCGACAGGCACGGUGCCGCGCCCCAUCCAGCACCAUAAUGAGAUAGAGCCUGGCAGUAGGACUCCUAAGGGUGCUGUGUAUAGGAUGUCCCCGCGGGAGUUAGAGGAGCUACGGAAGCAGUUGGACGAGCUCCUUGAAAAGGGUUGGAUCAGGCCCAGUUCGUCUCCUUUUGGAGCCCCUGUUCUCUUUGUCCCUAAGAAAGAGGGAGAGCUGAGGAUGUGUAUAGACUAUAGGGGUCUGAAUGCUAUUACCGUGAAGAAUGCUGAGCCACUGCCUAGGAUAGACGAUCUUUUAGAUCGAGUGCAGGGGGUGAAGUAUUUCUCCAAGAUAGAUUUGAAGUCCGGAUAUCAUCAGAUAGAGGUCCAUCUUGAUGAUCAGUACAAGACGGCCUUCCGGACUAGAUAUAGGCACUACAAGUUCAUAGUGAUGCCCUCUGGACUAACCAAUGCGCCAGCUACGUUCCAGCGUUGUAUGAACGAUUUGUUUAGGCCGUGGUUAGACAGAUUUGUUGUAGUUUAUCUAGAUGACAUUUUAGUGUUUAGUAGGACCCUCGAAGAGCAUCAGGGUCAUCUCAGGCAGGCCUUGGAGAAGUUGAGGGGAGCUAACUUCAAGAUCAAUGCAAAGAAGUGCGAUUGGGCAAAAACCCAAGUUCUGUACCUAGGCCACGUCUUAGACGGAGACGGCGUUAAGCCAGAAGAUAGUAAGAUCGCAGCGAUUAGAGAUUGGCCCACGCCACGUACGCUGACAGAGUUGCGCUCGUUCUUGGGCCUAGCUAAUUACUAUAGGAAGAUCGUGAGGAACUUUUCCACCAACGCUGCGCCCCUUCGCAGAUUGCUGAGAAAGGAGACCAUCUGGAAGUGGGAUAAGGACUGCACGUCUGCCAUGAAGAAGUUAAAGCAGGCAUUGAUAGAGUAUCCAGUCCUUAAAGUCGCCGACCCGUCCUURCCCUUUGUCGUCACGACCGAUGCGAGUCAAUACGGCAUAGGCGCAGUGUUGCAGCAAGACGAUGGCAAUGGAUAUAGACCCGUAGAGUUCAUGUCCGCCAGAAUGCCUUCAGAGAAGGUCGCGACAUCUACCUAUGAGAGGGAACUCUACGCUCUCAGGCAAGCCUUAGACCACUGGAAGCACUACUUGCUUGGGAGGCACUUCAAAGUCUAUUCUGACCAUGAAACGUUACGAUGGUUAAAGACGCARGCCAAGAUGAYACCUAAGCUUACUAGGUGGGCCGCARAAAUAGAUCAGUACGACUUUGAGCUCAAGCCUGUCAAGGGAAAGUACAACGUAGUUGCGGAUGCUCUGAGUAGGAGGGCAGAUUACUUUGGGGCAAUAGUACAUUACCUYGAUAUAGGGAAGGAUCUGCAGSWGAAGGUGAGRGAAGCCUACGCGCAGGACCCUAUYUAUAGUGAGCUCCUCACGCGAGUUAMGGMGGCCCCARAGACCGAGCCRAACUACCGCACUACGGAAGGGUUACUUUUCGAGAAGACUAAUGUCUUUGACCGGUUGUGGUCAAAUGUAAGGCACCUGUGGGUGGGGACAGGGGCCCAGCUGGCAAGGGAUGUGCCAUUUUCGGCAAUUUGCUGGAGUUCGUUGGAGCCGGUCAGGAGACACAUUCUGCAGUGGGCUGGCGCUGACGCUGGAGUACACGGAGUGGUCGGGGCGAAUAUGCUAGCAGGAAUGGUAGCAGGCGCAACUGCAGCAGCGCUGACCUGUCCGCUGGAUGUUGUGAAAACCCGAAGACAGAUUGAGGUCGGUCGGACCAGCAUUAUUGACAUUUAAUGUUCUUCGGGCCAAAAAAAAAAAAAAAAAAAUUCUUCUUCUUCUUCUUCUUCUUCUUCUUCUUCUUCUUCUUCUUUUGUUUAACACAAAAGCCUUGAGCCCCCUCCUACUCUGGGGGGCAUCAGUCCAGUUAAUUAUCACUGGCAAGCAUAUUGUACACCAAUGUAAUGGAGAGAGAAGAUGAGAAGAGGGGGCCACCCCAGCUCUUGCGGCAACCCCUUUUC